AUGGAGAUUGAUGGCAACACGCUAGUGUUGGUGUUUGUGUUUCUGUUCAUUUUAUAUUCGAACCCGUCAGGCGAUGGAGUUACGUCCCAAUACGAGUACAAUCAGCUACAAACGUUGAAGGCGCAAUACCAAGAUGAGUAUUCACAAUUCCAAAACCUAACUUCGGACAACAACUUUCGCAACAUAACAGGGCUCAGGCUGAGCUAUGGCGACGUGCUGCGAAAUCCAGACAUUAAUGCUACGUACCCAAUUGAGGGGAAAGACUAUGAUCACUGGUAUAGCGACGAAAAGUACACCUUACUUCCGGAGGACGUUUUGCAUGAAGUAAACAACAGCGUAUGGCAACAUGGAAAAAAUGUAUACCCUGCGAACUUGACAAGUACUUUACACGGGCGCGUAGUAAAUUCUCACGGCAAUUAUCUUAAGGUACCAAUGCCGAUACCUGAAUACUAUGAGCCAGCACAAGAUCUUUCUCAGAACCAGCCAGCUUUUAAUGAACCGUAUUUUACGGAUCCUGCAGGUCGUGAAGCUGCUCGUAACAUCACAUUUGAUGAAGGGGAAAUCGUGAUAGAGAUAAGCUCAGCGGAUACAACAAGUUCCUUUUUUGAAGACGAACACCAUUUUCACAAUAGCCAAAGCGACAAACUGCGGUUCUUGCAUAUGAAUCUCCAUUUCUCAGAUCCUGCGUACAAUGAGAAACAUGUCAUCAAUACCAAGGCCAUUUACGACAUCAAAAAUGGCCGGAUCAUGGCCAUUUCAGAGAGUGCCAAGUUUCACUCCUUGUUUGCUCUACCUCACUACAUUAAUCUUAAAAGCGAAGACGAGGCUUUCUUCAAUGCAGUGAAAACUCUAGUAGAGGAGUAUUGGAAUGCGACAGAUUUUGUCAAUACUCGUUCGAUGGCGUAUCUUCAAGACUCUUACGCGACGGCAAAUUUUAAGUGUGAAUUUUUGGCUUUUCUACAAUUGGAGCCAUGGUGGGGCUAUUCCCAGGAACAACUGAAAAUUGUCGACGAAGAGUUGAUGUGGCCACUCGGGAGACGUGCUAAUUUGUCUAGUUUGCCGCCGGUAAAUAUAUCGUCUGGUAUAAUUUACUCUCCCGAUUGUGGAAUUAAACUACAAGUUAGCAACGCGCAUGGACUACGUUAUGAGCUUCAAGUUAGAAAAAUGAGAAAACUUUUACUAUGUGGAGCGCUCUUGCUGGCAUCGCAAAUUUACUUGCUGUUAAGCCAAAUGCAACACACCAACACUCCCUCAAUGGUCAACAAGAUUUCUUAUUGGUGCUUUUCACUGAUGAAUCUAGUUGAUGGCUCGCUGGCCAUCAUAUUUUUUGUCUUGACCAGCUCUAUUCCUGUUCUGUACUUGCCGCUCAUAAUGUGUUCAUUUGCGUGCUUGAUUUUAGCCUCAGUAUUUGAGAUUCGGUAUCUGAUAUCAGUUUACGCUUCUCAAGCCAAUGAACAAAGCGUUGGGAUUAUGACUUUGCUUCGGCGCAGCACUGAAGGCGAAGAAAGGAGAACACCGACUGUGAUGCCAGACGAGGCUUCAAUCAGUACCUCUCUUUACCGAACAUACAUCGUGAAGAUGUUUUUCUCAAUGAUUGUUAUUCUCAGCAUGACGACAUGGCCCCAAAGCGUGCGAAUGCCAAUUGAGUGUAUAAUAAUUUUUUUGCUCAAUUCCUACUGGGUUCCCCAAAUAGCACGGAAUGCUAUCAAAGGUAAUGAGCCUAGAAGACGCCAAAUAUUUGCAAAUGAUGGGCCACAACAUCAACGCCAGAACAAAAUGCCCCUGCUUUGGAGCUUUACCAUAGGCACCUCGGUUAUACGGUUCGUUCCUGUAGCCUACGUGUACACUGUGCCAUCAAAUGUUUUCUAUCAUCACCAAGAUAGGCUCUUUGUGGCCGUGGUAGCCCUAUGGCUUGUUUUGCAAAUGGGCGUUCUAUAUUCGCAGGAAAUUAUUGGAGCACGCUGGUUUUUGCCGAACUAUUCGAUUCCCGAGGGCUACUCAUAUCACAAGGGUAUCUCUUCUGGCGAGUUACUCGAACAUGGAAGCUCUGCUAAUUACACGAUAGACUGCGCUAUCUGCAUGACUGAUGUUGCUGUCUACGUCGAUGAUAUUGAUGAAACUCACAAGGUUGACAAAGAUAGCUACAUGGUGACUCCUUGUGGACAUAUUUUUCACACACAAUGUCUUGAAAACUGGAUGAGUUACAAACUACAGUGUCCAGUCUGCAGAGCGCCUUUGCCACCUCUGUAG